AUGUCAUCAGAAACUCCCCUUGUGCCAGUUGCACUACCGGCUGGAACACCCCAGAUGGACUGUGAAAUGCAGCCUGAAAGUACUAUUGUCUGGCAGGAAGCCAAUAAAGGCAAAACAUUAAAUGAAUUGAAACAUUUCCGCAUACAGCGAAAAAAGGAAACCGAAGAAAAAGCAUCAGAAGUGGGACGUUUGAAUGAACCUUCUAUAAAAAAUUGUAAAUUUGAAGAGAACAUUUUCGAACCUAAAUCCAUUAUAGAAAUUCAUAUUGAUAACUUGGAGGUGACGAAGAAAAGUACUGUCUCAGAGCAUGAUGUUUUGAACAAGGAAAUCGAUGCUUCGACACUGGAAAAUUUAGAAGGUGGGAAACAACGAGAAGUUGAAUCGAAAGUUGAUGAGCAAAAAUUAAAACUGGAAGAAAUAGAAAAAGAUGGUCAACAUAAUCGGAAUGGAAUAGAUAUUUCUAUUUUAAAGCAAUCCAUAGAUGCGGAUUUCAAGGAUCCAAAAAAGAGGGGAAAACAUAAUAUCGCCUUUAACAAUGAUGAGACCAGUAAUAAUUCUACGAACAAUGACGACGUCUCUGAACAGUUGGAUAAACUAACACCAGAAGAAGAACUUAAAGAUGAGUUAUAUCGUAAAACAUGCAAGCCAUUCUUGCAACAUCUACCAUGCUUCAAGCUUCAAACGAAAAGCAUUUCUGCCGCCACUAUGUCGGAGGGGGAAGUUUCAAACAAUAGUGGAGAUUCCGGCGCGAAAAUCUACAAAUGCAGAGAAUGUCGACGCAGAACUCCACAGCAAGGAUCUAAUGAUGUUUAUUGUCGAUUUUAUGAAUUUAGGUGUCUUCGUUACACUGAAGAAGGGCAACUUUUGGUGGCAGGAUUUCCAAAUCCCUACACUGAUCCUACACAAGAAGAAAUUAAUAUAUGGAAGCCAGAUGAAAAUACGGAACCAACCGCUGGCAAUAUGGAUAUUCAAGUGUGUCGCUACAUUUUGCUGCAUGUCGGUGAUCAGUUUUGUUAUCUUUGGCGUCAAGAAGCUGAAGCACUAAAGUUGCACGAAAAUACGAAUAAAACAAUUGCGUGGAAGAAAGUUGUCCAAGGUAUUCGAGAAAUAUGUGAUGUAUGCGAUACCACCCUAUUUAAUUUCCAUUGGACAUGUGACAAGUGUGGUUUCGGGGUCUGCAUAGAUUGCUUCAAAGAUCGAAAGGAAAACAGGACAGUAAGAAAAAUCCGGCCUGGUGAUAAACCACAGAAAGGCAGAGAUGAAUACCAUUGGAUGUUAUGUUCUGGUGGGGUCACCCAUAAUAUGGAAGAGUUGAUGUUGACACAAAUAAUAGCCGGAGACGCUUUGAACGUCUUAGGCAGACUUCUGCAUGAUGUAAGGACUCUUUGGCAAAUUCCUCAGCUAUGUGGUUGUCUAAUGAGUAAACAGCGACUGCCAAAUGGGGAACUAAAGGCUAUUAUACAAGAUAUGAUAAAAGAGUCACAGUUGAAACAGCAAACUAGUGAUUCUUCGCUUGCUACCGAAGAAACACUGAGAAAGCAAGCGCGCUUAGAACAAAUACACUCGAAAGCACUAGAGUUUGCCCGGUCCAACGGCAUCGAUUAUGUUCCCGGCCGUACUUAUAACAAGCAAACCCUUGGUAAAGAUCCAAUAACUAGCGCUUUUGACAAUUUCAAACACAUUAAUUUUUUACGUAGUGGUUUGGCCGGUUUACGCAGAUUUCUACCACCUCGAGCUAUGAUUUUAACUAAUUCCAGUUUAAUAGCUCCCGGUGUACCGCACGAGUGGCUUUGUGAUGGAAAACUAUUACGUCUUACUAAUGCCAACCAUCCCGACAACCGAAUACUUUUUCAAGAAGUAUGGAAAUGUGGACAACCAGUUAUGAUAUCGGAAGUGGCUAAAUCUUUAAAUCUCGACUUAUGGCGACCAGAAGCUUUCUUAAAGGAUUUUGGUGACAAACCUAAUGAUUUGAUCAACUGUUUGAAUGGAAAUCUGGUACCAAAUCAACCCAUGCGACAUUUUUGGGAAGGCUUUCAGUGUAUGAAAAAGCGUUUAUUAGAUGCUAAUGGAAAACCAAUGCUUCUUAAAUUGAAAGAUUGGCCCCCAGGUGAUGACUUUGCUGAAAUACUACCGACGCGUUACAAGGACCUUAUGAAAGGUUUGCCCAUGCCAGAAUAUACAUUACGCACAGGACACCUCAAUAUUGCAAGUUGUUUGCCCAAAAUGUUUGUUCCUCCCGAUUUGGGACCAAAGAUGUACAAUGCGUAUGGCUCCGCUUUCCAUCCGGAUAAAGGAACGACAAAUUUACACUUGGAUAUAUCAGAUGCUGUUAAUAUAAUGGUAUACGUUGGCAUACCAGAGGACUCCGAUUCUAAAUCGCAAAUAUCAGCAUCACACAAAGCCAUAGCUAUGGGAGGCUGCGAGUUCUUAACCCGGGCUAGGGUUCAAAAUGUCAAUGUGGUGGCCGGUGCUUUGUGGCACAUAUUUCCGGCCAGAGAUGCUGACAAGAUUAGAGAUCUGCUGAACAGAGUUACAUUGGAGAAAGGUUAUCGCCUGGAACCAGAUCAUGAUCCAAUUCACGACCAAAAUUGGUAUUUGGACGACAAGCUAAGGGCUAGAUUAUUUAAAGAAUAUGGUGUUGAAGGAUACCCAAUAGUGCAGUGUUUGGGAGACGCUGUAUUUAUUCCCGCCGGAGCCCCACAUCAAGUUCAAAAUCUUCAUAACUGUAUAAAAGUAGCAGAAGACUUUGUAUCUCCCGAAAACAUAACACAUUGUUAUCAUUUAACCCAUGAAUUUCGACGGCUCUCACACUCUCAUACAAAUCAUGAAGAUAAACUUCAAAUUAAGAAUAUUAUAUACCACGCAAUUAAAGAUUGUUGUACAAUUCUAACAAGGGCAUUGGAACACCGCCUUGACGAAGAAAUAUCACAUGCAGAAGAAAUGAAGAAAACAAUUCAGAAAAUGUCCGACAGCUCCGUCGAAUAUAUAUGA